GAAAAACUGACUCUUCUUCUCCCAGCAGCUGUCCACUGACAGUAGUUCUCUGCUAGUGCUGUGGCUUGUUGCCAGGUGCCUCCCUCCAUGUUGAGACUGACUGGCUUGAGUUUGUGCAGGUCUUAUGCAUUCUGUCACAACCCCUGUGCUACUUAGAACUUCAAAUGUAUAGGUUAAUAAAUGGUACUGACUAGGUAGAUACAGGAGUUUAAAGGUCUUGGAACACAGGAUAUCAGUGUGACAGCCCAAAGCAGGAUCCAGGUCUUAUUGCCUCAUCUGGGCAGCCUCUCCCUGCUCCUCAACUAGAGCUCCAUCCUUUCUAGGCAAGCAGGGCUGUUUUGUGUUACAGGCACACAUGGCGUUCAGGGAUGUGGCUGUGGAUUUCUCCCAGGAGGAAUGGAGCCUGUUGAGCCCUGCUCAGAGGACCCUGUACAGAGAGGUGAUGCUGGAGAACUACAGCAACCUGGUCUCUCUGGGAAUUCCAUUUUCAAAACCAAAACUCAUCACCCAGCUAGAGCAAGGGAAGGAGACAUGGAGAGAGGAAAGAAAAUGUCCCCAGGCUGCCUGUUCAGCAGAUCCAAAGCUGGAACUCCACCAUGGUCCUUCUUGCCCUCUGGAUUUCUCUAGUCAUAAAUUCUCUAAGCAACACCUGCCAAGUGAUCAAGUGCUAAGCAGUCACAGCUCAUGGAUCCUCACAUGCCUGUGUGCAGAAAGUCAUGUUGAACCAGGGCACUCAUCUCUAAGUGACCGGGAGAAGCAGCAGCAAGCCUCUGAUGGGAGCUCCUGGAGAGAGAAAGCAGGAGGCGGAGGGAGAGAAGGCACCAGGCCUUCAUUUGGAAGGACAAAGAAAAGGAGUUUGGGAGCCUUCUCCAGACCACUCCAGAAGAAGCAGGUCAGCUCUGGGAAUGGCACGACAGGAGUAGAGCUGGAGGCCAGCCCAGCUCCAGCUAGGAGCCCUGAAGAAACAGACAAAUUGCUGAAGCGAAUAGAGUUGUUGGGAUUUGGAGGUGUCAACUGUGGAGAGUGUGGGCUGGGCUUCCGAAAGAUGACAAACCUGCUUAGUCACCAGAGGAUCCACUCAGGGGAGAAGCCGUAUGUGUGUGGGGUGUGCAAGAAGGGCUUCAGUCUAAAGAAGAGCCUUGCCAGACACCAGAAGGCACAUUCUGGGGAGAAACCCAUUGUUUGCAGGGAAUGUGGCCGAGGCUUUAACCGGAAGUCAACACUCAUCAUUCACGAGCGGACACACUCAGGUGAGAAGCCUUACAUGUGCAAUGAGUGUGGACGAGGCUUUAGCCAGAAGUCAAACCUCAUCAUCCACCAGAGGACACACUCAGGGGAGAAGCCUUAUGUGUGCCAGGAGUGUGGCAAAGGCUUUAGCCAGAAGUCAGCUGUUGUUAGGCACCAGAGGACACACUUAGAGGAGAAGACCAUAGUGUGCAGUGACUGUGGCCUGGGCUUCAGUGACAGGUCAAACCUCAUCUCCCACCAGCGGACACACUCUGGGGAAAAGCCUUAUGCCUGCAAGGAGUGUGGGCGCUGCUUCAGGCAGAGGACAACUCUUGUCAACCACCAGAGGACACACUCGAAGGAGAAGCCUUAUGUGUGUGGUGUGUGUGGGCACAGCUUUAGCCAGAGUUCAGCUCUCAUCUCUCACAGGAGGACACACACUGGGGAGAAGCCAUAUGUGUGUGGGCUGUGUGGACGAGGCUUUAGUCUGAAGUCCCACCUCAACAGACACCAGAACAUUCACUCGGGAGAGAAGCCUGUUGUGUGCAAGGAUUGUGGGCGAGGCUUCAGCCAGCAGUCAAAUCUCAUCAGACACCAGAGGACACACUCAGGGGAAAAGCCCAUGGUGUGUGAAGAGUGUGGGCGAGGCUUCAGCCAGAAGUCAAACCUCAUUGCACACCAGAGGACACACUCAGGGGAAAAGCCCUAUGUGUGCCGAGACUGUGGGCGAGGCUUCAGCCACCAGGCUGGGCUCAUCAGGCACAAGAGGAAGCACUCAAGGGAGAAGCCGUAUAUGUGUAGGCAGUGUGGACUAGGCUUUAACAGUAAGUCAGCCUUAAUUACACAUAAGUGGGUCCACUUUGAAGAGAAGCCGUGUGUGUGCAGACAGUGUGGCCAAUGCUUUAUCCAGAAGUCACACCUCACCUUACAUCAGAUGACACACAAAGAGAAGCCUUAUGUGUGCCAGACCUGUGGGCAAGACUUUAGGCAGAAGUCUCCCCCGAGCAGACACAGGAAGAUGAAUUGUCCCCACCUCAACCUGCCCCUCCAGCCUGACUCUGAAGAUGCUGGGGGCAUUCUUCUGACCCCUUCUGUUCUCUUUGAAAAUGAAGACAAUGGAGAGGACUCAUAGUCAAAAUCCUUACACUUCCAUGAAGUAGGAAGAUACAUCUUAAAAGCGAUUGAUGGACAUUAACUUGCUUUGCUUCCUUUCCUGUCUGUCUCUAUGUUUUAUGGCCUUUUGUUCUAGUAAACUUUGCUUAUUUACAAAUCUGGAACCUAAGCCAUGUACCUCAUUCCUUGACAGGAUUAGAAGAAUGAUUCAGGAAUCUUGGCUCUUAAGUCUACUGUUCCACAAGAAUUCUUUGCUUGGAAGACCUUAGCCUGAGUCACACAUGUAUUUAUUGAAAAGUCUGGUCCUUUGCAUGGGGGAGUGUGUCCAGGAAGUAUCUUUAGAGAUUCCAGGUAAAAAGAAAGGUCUAGAAAAUGGGGCCCCUCCAGUGUAGUUUCAUCUGCAGCUGUCAUCUUCCCAGGGCCUCUGUGACGGCUCCCUUGCUUCUCCCUUAGCUUUCAGAUAUCCAUACUGUUGCCUUUUCUGGGUCAUCUUUUAACCGCCUUUAUUGUUUUCCUUAGUCUUUGGCCCCUGGUCCUGCCAUCUUGGACCUCCCUUACUAAAACAUUGUCCCUGGCACUCUCUUCCCAAAGUUUGGUCAUUCAGAUAUGGCCAAGCAGUUCUUUAGUCUCAGUGCUUUGAAUCUCAGGCCUACCGUCAUCCUACCAUCAAGAACACAAAUAAUUCCUAGUCACCCCCAUUAUGUCACCUUAUCAGCUCUCCAGUAACUCUAGGACGGCCUUUAACCAUGUAUCUCCCUCCGCUUCCAGGUAUAGGGAUGAGGCUCAAGGCCACAAUCUGGUUCUGUAAUACCAGAGUUUAGGACUUCGAAUCAUGCUCCUCAGCCUUCUAUCCCAGGACUCCGGCUCCAUGCUGGCUACCCUGUUCCCUGGUCUAAGUUCCCUUAGUCACCCAACCUUAUUAAUUCCCCAAAGAUGCAGAGAUAGGCUAUGUUCCUAUAGUUAAACAUUCUUAGCCAUAUCUCUUCUGUUGUGGUCUUCCAAAGUGGCUUGGCCCAAAAAGGUGGCCUUUAAGAGAAAGAUAAUCCCAAGGGCAUAGCUGUAAGACUCUUAAGGCUGCAAAAAGCUUGAGUGUGUAGUGCAGACUGCACAAAAUGCUUUCAAUGAAUAUUAAGGCUGUCAUCCCAUAGCACUUUAAUUUUUUUCUUUUUCUUUUUGAGACUGGGUCUUACUAUGCAGCCCUAGCUGGCCAGGAACUCCACCUGUCUCUGCCUCCUGAGUACUGGAAUUAAAGUUCUGUGCCUUCACACCAGGCUUCCAUAACAUUUUGCCCCCUUAAACCAGAGGCUUGUUUUGGUUUUUGUGG